UGGGCGUGAAAUAUCCCCUAUGGUUCUGAGUGCUAUCAAAUCAAUUACCGGAUUCCCUUGUCGUUCAUCAAAAAAGCAUAAACUUAAUCGGGUUCUACGACAAAAUGCAUGAGUCAUGGGCAAAAAGCUAUGGUAUUAUAGUUAAUAGUUUCUAUGAACUUGAGCAAGUGUGUGCAAAUUAUUACAUGGAUGUAUUGAAAAGAAAAGUGUGGCUUAUAGGCCCUAUGUUUCUUUGCAACAGAGAUGGAAAAGAAAAGGGAAAGAAAGGAAAUGAGGUAUCUGGUGAUGAGGACGAGUUGUUGUUGAAGUGGCGUGACACCAAAAAGGAAAAUUCAGUUGUUUAUGUCUGCUAUGGAACUAUGACAAAUUUCCUUGAUUCUCAGCUGAGAGAAAUUGCAAUUGGUCUUGAGGCUUCAGGCCACCAAUUCCUCUGGAUUGUGAGGAGAAACAAACAAGAAGAUGACAAAGAGUGGUUUCUUGAAGGAUUUGAGAAAAGAAUGAAAGGAAAGGGAUUGAUAAUAAAAGGGUGGGUGCUUCAAGUGUUGAUUCUUGAACACCAAGCAAUUGGUGCGUUCAUGAUGCAUUGUAGAUGGAAUUUGACGUUGGAAGCAGUGAUUGCAGGGGUGCCUAUGGUCACUACGCUAGUCGCGGUCGAGUAGUUCUUCAAUGAGAAGUAGGUUACCGAGGUCCUUAAAAUCAGGGUGCUUGUUGGAGUCAAAAAAUGGGUUAGAAUGGUGGGAGAUACUAUCAAAUGGGAGGCAGUGGAAAAGGCCGUGACGAGGAUAAUGGCAGGGGAAGAAGCCAUUGAAAUGAGGAACAAAGUGAAGUGCUCUCACAACAGGCUAGACUAGCCGUGGAAAAAGGAGGAUCAUCUUACUCCCAGUUAAAUACUUUAAUUGAAGAGCUGGGUUUGCUCCAUUGCAAAAAUACUUGGACAUAUAAGCCUACAAUAUACAUUUGUGUUAUCAUUAGCAAGCCAUCAAUAUACGCUUGCAAAAGAUUUUCUUGCAUGUUUGGAUUUCUGUUGGGAUGGUUUCAAAAAUAUAUUUGAGAGUAAGAUCAGUUUAAGAUUAUGUUUGGUUAUCCCUAAAAAUAUGUUUGAGAAUAAAAUUUUAUCUGAAAACUAAAUUUUGGAAAAAGAAGACUUGAAAUACUCUUGCAAACUUAUAUUGAUCUUACUCUUAAACAUACACUUCAUUUUGUAACUUAUACGUUGAACCUGUAUUGGAAUCACCCCUACUGCACUUUCUGGUUGCAUAGUUAUCAUUUUAGGGUU